AAGAGUUUAGCUGGCUGUGAAUCUCAAUAUAGGACCCGCGGUCACAUUGGGUGCAACAGUACAGUGAAAUCAUAGCACUCUGCGAGGGACUACGGGUAGACGCUCUACUACUCAACCAUGGAAAAAUCAGAAGCUAAAGGUCGAAACGAUGAAGAGACAAAUUCAACCCACUCAGCAAAGUUUUCAAGGUCUUCAGGAAAACUGACUGUUAGAUCAGUAGCAACAGGCUCCAGCAGGUCAUCAGCAUCAUCGCGAGCAAGUAUGGCGGCAGCACGAGCACAAGCAGAAGCUCAAGCAGCGAAGGCCAGAUUAGCCUACGCUGAAAAGGAAAUGACAAUCAAAGUAGAAAAAGCCCGUCUAGAAGCAACUCUUGACGUAAUCAAUCUCCAAAAGGAAGCUGAUGCAGCCAUGGCUAAAGCUGAGGUAAUGGAGUCAGCAGCAGCUCAAUUUGACACAGCUGAUGCAGGACAAGAAUUGAGAUUUCUGCCCCUACAAACUACUCCAGAGCAAAAGAUGCUUCAGUGAAAGCCAUAGCUGCAGUAGCUUACCUGAAGGUCACACAUGAGGAUGGACACAACGAACUUGGGUUCGUCAUGGGUAAGGCUAAACUGGCUCCCAUUCCAGAGCUCACCAUUCCUCGACUAGAGCUUUGUGCUGCAGUACUUGCUGUUGAGAUGUCAGAGCUCCUCACAGAGGAACUGAAGAUCAAGAUUGACAGGACAACAUUUUACACUGACAGUAAAGUGGUUUUAGGAUACAUCAACAAUCAACACAGAAGGUUUCAUGUAUAUGUGAACAAUCGUGUACAGAGAAUCAAGCAGUCUUCACUACCAGACCAAUGGAGAUAUGUGCCGACAGAACACAAUCCCGCUGAUCAUGGCUCUCGAUCUGUAGCUGCGGAGAAACUUGGUAGUAACUCAUGGUUGUGUGGCCCAGCAUUUCUCCUCAACCACGAGAGCCUCCUUCCAGAAAAGGGUCCAUUUGAACUUGUUGAUCCAGAGUCAGAUGUUGAAGUUAGACACAAUGUGACUGUGCUUAAGACCACAACCGCUCCAGGUGCCUUAGGUUCAUUGCGCUUUGAACGGUUCUCAAAAUGGACUUCUCUCAUAAAAGCAAUAGCCUACCUCAAACACAUAGCUCACAGCUACAAGCCCAAAGAUGGCAGCAGUUGUAGCAGGUGGCACCUGUGUAAGGCAAGUCUCACAGAUGAAGCUUUAUCUCAAGCAGAACACAUAAUUAUCAAAUGUGUCCAGCAGGAAGUCUAUAAAGAGGAGAUAAAAUGCAUCAUGACAAAACGUGCCAUACCACACAGCAGUUCUCUUCACAAACUUAAUCCAAUGAUUGAUGACAAAAACUUACUGCGAGUAGGAGGACGACUUUCAGAGUCCAAAUUGCCAAGUCAUGAAACCAACCCUCUUCUGAUACCAGGAAAGCAUCACAUUGCUACGCUGCUCAUUCGACAUCAUCAUGAAGCUGUCCAGCACCAAGGAAGACACUUCACUGAAGGAGCCGUGAGAGCAAGUGGUUUAUGGAUAGUUGGAGCAAAGAGAUCCAUCAGCAGUGUUAUCCACAAAUGUGUCACCUGCAAAAAGCUUCGAGGCAGAACAGAGCAGCAGAUUAUGGCUGAUUUGCCUGCCGAACGCUUACAAACUGAUCCUCCAUUUUCUUAUGUUGGCCUUGACGUAUUUGGACCGUGGGAGGUUUCAACACGGCGCACAAAAGGUGGUCAAGCUAAUAGUAAGAGAUGGGCAGUCCUGUUCACUUGCAUGUCUACAAGGGCCGUCCAUAUUGAAGUGAUCGAAGCUCUUAGCUCAUCUAGUUUCAUUAACGCUCUUCGCAGAUUUUUUGCAAUCAGAGGCCCUGCUAAACAGUUGAGAUCAGACUGCGGAACCAACUUCAUUGGUGCAUCCAAAGAGUUGAGGCUGGAUCCUCCAAAGCCCAAUGAGGCAACUGUGGAUGACUACCUACGCAAACAGAGGUGUUCUUGGGUAUUCAACGCUCCCCACUCAUCUCAUAUGGGAGGCACCUGGGAACGUAUGAUAGGUGUCUCACGACGCAUUCUAGACUCAAUGCUUCUACAAGCAGGAAACCCUACUCUAACUCACGAGGUCCUGACAACGUUGAUGGCUGAGGUCACGGCUAUUAUCAAUGCGAGGCCCUUGGUACCUGUUUCCUCAGAUCCGGAGGCCCCUUUGAUCCUAACCCCCUCAGCACUGCUCACGCAGAAGUUUAACCCAAUCGAAACUCCACCUGGGGACUUCACAAAAGCCGACAUGUAUAAAAAUCAGUGGAAAAGAGUUCAAGCCCUUGCUGACACAUUCUGGGCCAGAUGGCAGAAAGAAUACCUCAAUAUGCUCCAAAGUCGUCAGAAAUGGCAUCGCAACAAACCAAACUUGAAAGAAGGAGACGUUAUUCUUCUGAAGGACAAGCAACUAAAAAUAAAUGAAUGGCUUAUGGGAAUCAUCACAAAGACCCUUCCGAGCAAAGAUGGAGUUGUCAGGAAGAUGGAAGUGAAGGUUACACGUGGCAAGACUACUAAGACCUUCAACAGACCUAUUUCAGACUGUAUUCUACUUUUAUCUUCAAUCGAGUAG